GAGUCAAAGGUGAUACCAAGAUCAGUAAUUUGUUCUAAUCUACUCAAAAUAGUAUCAUUAAUAAAGUAAUCAAAAUUUAAGGGUGUUUUUGAUCUAGAGUAACUGACCACACUACAUUUAGCCGCAUUCAAGCCUAACCUGUUAACAGCGCACCAUACCUCCAAUGUAUUUAUGCAGUUCUGAAGAAAAACACAAUCCUCCAAUCCAUAUACAUUUAAAUAUAGCUUCAAAUCAUCGGCAAAAGCCAGCCUAUGACAAGUGAGUGACUCAAUCAAGUCAUUUAUAAAAAAACUAAACAGGAGCGGACAUAGGUUCAAGCCUUGUGGCACACCCGACGUUACGUUAAAAAAUUUCGAUUUAAAGCCCUCAUAUUCGAACUGAAUACCUGAGUGUAAAAUAUGGGUAUUUAUUGGAUAAAAUGAAAAAGUUAAACGCAAUAAAAAGUUUAAGAAUGGAUUUCGACCUAUAGACGCCUGGUCACACAAAUUAGAUUAGCUAUCAUCUUCUUGAAGGAUUGCACCUACCUUCCAGAUACUUCGUAUAACACAAACAAAAUAGCUUAUAAUCCAUUCUGUUUUAUAAAGUAAAUAAAAAUAUAAUAAAUCUUCAUUCUUUCCGUUGCAGCAAGAAACAUAAUUAUUUUCCAAAUCUGGUUUUUUAAAUAUCAUAAAACUGCGGUUUUACUAUUUUUUAACGUCAAUAAACCUAAUAUUUUUGUAACAUUUUAUAAAAAUAUUAUAAGAAUGAUAAUACCAGGGUACAGUUUUACACUAACUCGUUUCUAUGGCAACCUCCUUAGAUAACUUUAUCGAAAAAACAUAUUUGAUUGUCAGCACGCAGGAUCGCAUGCUUCUUAGCAUUAGAGGUGGAUAUUUGAUGAAUUUGAGAAAAGGUCUAAAGACAAUACUUUAUUAAUUGUAAUUUUUUGUGAAAAAAUGUACAAACUAACAUGCAACGUAAGUAUUGAUUAAGUUAGUAGUAAAUACAAACAUAAGUGGACAAGGGGGAAAAAAUCAUUAAAACUUAAUUAGCAUUUUCUGCUGGUCAACGGGGCCUUAAACUAUCAGUCUAUUAAAGUCAACUACCCAACCAAAAAUGGAUAUCAGAAGGAAGCCGGAUUAUGCAGAUACAGCCUAUCGUGAAGCAGUAGGUCGAUUGAGGAUACUCAUGGCUGAAAGUUACAUACCAACUAGAAGGAUUUAUGGUUCCUCCAGACCAAUAAGAGAAUUAGAUAGCGCUGGCGAAGAAACAGAUAAUCAGUCAAUUCUAAGUGGCGCAAGCAGAACUUCAAGAAGGCCUCAUUAUAAUUAUAGUUUUAAUCCCAUUACCCCCAAAAAGUAUUAUUAUCCACCAUUAAAAAGCAAUGUGGGAACGUUGCGGAGUGAAUCUGUUGUUGAGAAAUCCCUACCUCAUCAGGAGCCAUCAAAGGUGGAACUACAUCCUACCGCUGCACCUCCGGAACUAAUGUCUUUUAUUGAAAGACAAGAAGAUUACAUUGAGCAGCUCGAAAAAGAAUCGAGAUUUUGCCGGGACGAAUUAUCUUCCUUGCUGUCCAAAGUAAAAGAUGUCAUCAGCGAAAAUGAGAAUUUACACGAAAGACAAAAAUCUAAACUGAUUAAGUCCGUAUUUGAACACUUGGAAACCGAGACAGAAACCGAGACCGACUUAGAAUUAGGGGACAAACAUAAGUCCCCGAAGAAAAUUAAAAAAACCCGAAUUAUGGAUGGACCGGCAAUAGUGUUUGAAUCGCGAAUUUCGGAAUUGGAAGCGCAGCUAACGCAAGCAAAAAUCGACCUGAAAAAAGCACAAGAAGAGAAUGAACAACUAAGAAAAAAGAUGUCGGAAGGCACUUUAUUGGAAGGAAAUAGUUACGAGAAUUUUAAGCGUCAACUUGAUAACUGCAACAGGGAAAAAGAAGAACUUUUAACUAAACUAAAAGCUCUUCAGUCAGCCCUGGCCACCCUAAGAAACAAGGAGAACGACACUUGUGAUCAGGUAAAAAGAAGCUUAGACGUUGCUGAGCAAGCUCAAUAUGAAAAAAAUGCCGCUGAGUUGGAAAUUCGAAGACUCAAAGACGAAUUAGAGCGACAGCAUAUGAAGUUGAGGGAUACUAUUGCUGACCAGAGUCGUAGAGUAUCAGAUGAAAGAUCCGCAGUUGAACGACGUUAUUCUCAGCAAAUUGAGCAGCUGACUGCUGAAGUCGGUGUUCAAUGGGAAACUACUAACAAACUUCAACUUGAACUAGACAAGCAAAGAAGAGAAAAUGCUGACCUAAGAAGGGAAUGUACCCAAAAACAGGCUUUAAUUGACGAACUGAAAAAGGACAUGCAGACCAAAAUACUUACCCUGCAGUCAGAUAUUGGAGUCACUGGGGCAGAAAAGAGUGCUCUUGAACAACAAAUUUCUUCUUUAAAUAUGGCCAAUGAAAGAACUGAACGACAGUACAAACAGGAGAUUACAAGACUUCAAGCAGAGAUACAAUCUUUGAGGCAAAGAAUGGAUAGAGCCGAUGCUGACUUGAUUCAUAGUAGAAGAGAGAAUAUUCGGUUAAAUGAACAAGUGGCCGCUCUAGAGAAAGAAAUAAACCUUAAUACUGCCCUCAACGAAGAGCGUACCAAGUCAGUAACUCCAAGAUCAGGAGAAAUUAUGGCUUUACCUCCUCCAACUCCCAAAAAGGAGGAGCGUGAUAAAGAACUGGGUUCCCUAUUACAGGAUAUGGAAAACAGACAUGCGGCCACAGUAGCCGAGCUAGAGAACAUGAUCCACUCCCAAAAUCAACUCAUGGACAAAUUAUCAUCGGAAUGUCAUGCUCUCACACGGAAACUUGAGGAUUCGAGCCACAAGCAUAAGGAGGAAAUACGGGAACUACAAACUAGCUUAGAUCGAUUAAACAAUAGGUUUAGUCAGACACAAUAUUCCACGAUGAAUUUACCAGCAGAAGAUCAACAUGCAACAAAUACUCAAAGAACACUUCCCGCAUCACAAGCCACCCCUACUGCAUCAUUCCAGGAGCCCCAGAACCUCAAAAAGUCAGAAAGCAAGUCAUCUAUCAAAAUGCGCAGCCGAAUGUCCUCAAGACAAGCUAGUCAAGAACAGCUACCGCUAACUCUAUCUACUACAGCUGCUCCAACUCAGCAAUAUUCAUCGCAAUAUCAAGAAGAACCUAUUGAACAACAAUAUCCGCAGCAAUCUAACGAAGGAAAUCAGCCUCAAUAUGAUUCUAACACUCCAUACGCUCCCGAACAAUACCAUCCCGAAUAUAUUUCGGAACCCGGACAGUCUUAUGACACUUCUGAUCCAAAUCAACAGUAUGAUGACAGUCAAUAUCAAUAUGAUCCUAACGUUCAGUACGAUCAGCAAUACGACUUAAAUCAGCAAUAUGAUCCUAAUCAAUCUUACGUUGACGAGGGUCAAUAUAUUCAGGAUCAAAAUCAGUACUAUGCAGAUCAAGGCCAAAGCUAUAGUCAGCCUCAAAAUGCACCGCUAACUGCACCAAUUUCAAAAUCUCAAACUAAUGUGGAUACCAGUAGAAGAGCAAGCGAAGUUGAAUCGCCUAAUAAAACAUAAAUUUUACUUUUAAAAAUUGUAAGGUGGAUGGCAUCAUUGCUGCCUUCAAAAAUCUUCCUUAAUAAUAAGAAAGAUAUACAUGAAGUUUAUUAAAAAUAUUUGGGAGCUUAUCAGGUCUAAAUAGAUACAAAGGGCAGCAUUUUCUGAAUCAAUAUAUCUAACAAUUUAGCCAUAGUAUAAAUGGGGUUACAGAUCAUAAGUAUUUUUCAUUUAUAUUAUCAUUUAUUUCAUUGCAUCUAAAAAGACAUAUCUGCUGUAAAGUUAUGCUAUAUCUAACAUUCCGCCUGUGUUACUGCCUUACAUACCAGGUGUUGCAAGCAAGCAACCAUCAAAGUAUCCCUCGACAAGAAGAAUAAACAAUCCAGUAUCAUUUGUAUUUAGCUCCAUACGUGUAUCUUGUGAAGUUGUAAUUCGUAAGUUAUUUUAAUGUGCAAUAAAAGUAUAUAAGAAUAUA